AUGGAAGCAGAAGAACGGCCUACAAAGUUUCGAAAGCUAGACUCGAAAGAUGACCUUGGGCAUGAAGCCGUUUCAGAUGCUCCUUUCCUGUCAAACGUGAAAGCCCCUGGCUCUGAAUCCUCUCAUACGCCUCCGUGGCGAAAGAGUAAGCCACAGGAGCAACCUGCUAAUGUCGCAGAGCCUCUGGAAGAAGAAAUCGAGGAUGGAAACGGGCCCGAGGCGGAGGGAGAGACAGAAGAACGUCCUACAGCCGUAGAGCCACAUCAACAGAAUGGCGAGCCCCCGAAGCCCAUGUCGAAGAACCAGUUGAAAAAGCUGCGGAAGAGAGAAGAAUGGGAGGCAGGUCGAGGCUACCGUAAAGCCAAGCGGAAACAAAAGGCACAGGAGAAAAAGGCCAGAAAGAGAGCAGCUAGAGAAGAGGAGCAACAGCGCCAGGAACUUUUACAGAAGGAUGAUGGCGGACGAGGCCAAAAUGGGGAUGCGCUCACAACAGCGGUCCCGGAGAUUCCUCCAAAAUUGAAGUAUCGUCGCCCGGUCCAAGUUCCUGUCACGAUCAUUAUAGAUUGCGGCUUCGACGACUUAAUGAUGGAGAAAGAACGGAUAUCCCUGGGCUCGCAAAUUACGCGGUCAUACUCAGACAACUCGCACGCCCCCUUCCAGGCACAUCUUGUGAUCAGCUCGUGGGGAGGCCUAUUGAAAGAGAGAUUUGACACGGUACUGAACAAGCACUAUAUGAAUUGGAAAGGGGUCACCUUUGCAGAGGAUGACUUUAUCCAGGCGGCUGAAAAGGCGACGGAAGUUAUGAACGGACCCAAAGGUGGGAAACUGGCAGGUUUCUUUGAGAAAUAUGCUGGUAUCGAAGGGGAAUUUUGCGGAGCACAUGGUUCGAAGUCUCCAGAGAACGCAGAUGAAUCUGGCCCUGUUGAUUUUAAAUCCUCGCUCUCCAACGGCGAGCUGGACGGCAAAAUGACACCGACGCCCACGACCCAGGAAGAAAAUCAACCACCGUCCACUAUCGCCAGCACACAGCCGGUUGCGCACUCAGGCAAAGUGAUCUACCUCACCUCCGACUCUCCCGACACGCUGACCACCCUGACGCCAUACUCGACGUACAUCGUGGGCGGUCUCGUCGACAAGAACCGUCACAAAGGCAUAUGCUACAAGACAGCGCGGGAUCGGGGAAUCCAGACGGCCAAAUUACCCAUUGGUGAGUACAUGGACAUGCAGUCGCGGAAGGUCCUGGCGACGAAUCACGUGGUGGAGAUUAUGAUUCGGUGGCUCGAGUGCGGCGAUUGGGGUGAGGCGCUUAUGCAAGUUAUCCCGAAGCGGAAGGGGGGAAAGCUGAGAGAGGAUGAGCGGGGAGAUGAAGAGGAUGGGAACGGCGUGAAUGAUGAGGACGCUGACGGGUGA